AUGGCAAGACACAGCAAGCUUCAGCAACAAGUGCUAAGUCUCUAUAAACAGUUUUUACAAGUCACUAAAAAACAUCCCAGCUUUCAAGAGUACGUCAAGGAUGAGUUUCACAAAAACGCCAAACUGCCCAAAACUGAAGUCAUUAAAAUAGAGUACCUGUUGCGGCGGGGCUGGAGGCAGCUGCAGAUGUUAAAGACCAGCUCAGUGUCUAGUGCUGGGGUCUUUGAGAAGGAGGCAGUCACUGAUCAUUGCACAGCAGCCAAGGAUACACUCACAGCCAAGGAUGCAGCCGAUUCUCUCACAGUCCAGGAUGAACAUACAGCCAGGGCUGAGACAGCACAAGCCAAGAACAAAUCAUAA